AUGAACUUGAAAAAAAUUCAAAUAUUUACAUGGAAAUCGUCAUAUAUAUCAUCAUCAUCAUCAUCAUCAUCAUCAUCAUCAUCAUCAUCAUCAUCAUCAUCAUCAUCAUCAUCAUCAUCAUCAUCAUCAUCAUCAUCAUCAUCAUCAUCAUCAUCAUCAUCAUCAUCAUCAUCAUCAUCAUCAUCAUCAUCAUCAUCAUCAUCAUCAUCAUCAUCAUCAUCAUCAUCAUUAUUAUUAUUAUUAUUAUUAUUAUUAUUAUUAUUAUUAUUAUUACCCAGUUCUAAGACUUUAAUUUCACCUAAACUGUGCGUGGUUGCUUGA